AUGAUCACUUGUGUGGAUCGGGCCUGGACCCGGGAGCUGCCCAACAUCUCGGACGCGCAGCUGGCGUGCGCCGGGCUGGACACCUUGCUGUCCGAGAAUCCUUGGAGCUGCGGCUCAUCGGGUGAAGGGCGGCCGGCCUGCCAACACGACACGCCCAACAACGACGUGGGCAAAUGGCGCCUGGCGGAUGCUGAACUGGGCUGUGGCUGGGGCUCCACGUAUGGAGGAACCUACCCCAACUAUGAGGGGAAUCCUACGCCCUACUCUAGCUUCUUCACGGUGGCCAGCGAGUUAGAGUGCUGCUUGAGGGCCAUGUCCUUCGAGCAAUCCACUUGGGAUGACGGUGGUGCUGCACUUUUCUUCCAGCUGACAGGGGAUCAGUGUCGAGUGGACCGGGAGAAGAUCAUUUACGCCAACAUGGAUUCCUCUUCUGGCAGGUCAGUGAAGUACCAAAAUACGCGUUGCAACACUGGGCGUUUGUUCUAUCGUCACGCAGCGGGAGCAGCCGAUGCGGCAAACCUGCACACCGCUGGUCGUUGUGUGAUCGAUGGCGGCUUCAAACGCCUGAGCCUUUCAACUGAACCUACAGUUGGUCCCAACUUGCCGCAGGGUGAGAUUUUCUCCAUGGGUGCUGAACUGCCCAAUCACGAAUGUGAUCCAAAUGACAACUCUGAAGGGUCCUGCAAAGGUAGCCUCAUCAUGAACACCAUUGCAGAUGCAGAGGCUUGCUGUGAGCAAUGCCGCACUUUGAGUUGGCUUCCCUUGAUGGGCGGCACCGUGGAAACCGAUUCCAAUGGUGUUCAGCUGAAUCCGUGUGUGGCUUGGCAGAUCGUGGAAGGUCGAUGUCGCCUGACCCGGAAGCACUACUACGAGCUCCACGAUUCCAGCGCUUCGAUCGCGGCCUCCUUAAAGGGCUCGGGACCUGGAAAUCCGGGUUGGAUGGCCUGGACGAGAGGAUGCGGCACAUCCGUGGAGCGCUGCAACUACUACUCCUACAUCUACUACCGGGAGCUGUCAGAUGCCAAUGCGCAUCCAGCGGGUGUGCGAAGUGCAGGGAAUGCCACCUACCGCAAGGUUGUGGCUUCAAACAUCACCGAGUUCACUGAGAGCAUCGUUUUGGAUGUCCGUGCCAGCUCAGUUGAAAGCCGUCACAAUCGGAGGCUGUCCAUCUAUGGUGAGACUUCCAGUGCAACCAGUGGCACGGAUAUGGGUUUGGUGGAGGUCUAUGACAGCAGUGCCUUCCGCAGCAGCGGCGACUACCAGAUCUUCGAUGAGGAAUCUGCGCCCCAGCCGCUGUGCACAUCAGGUCUGAUUGGUUCGGACUCGGUGUCCCUAACCUGUGGCCUUGGCGCUGGCGGGGGCCGCAGGUUGCAGACCGCCGGCGAGGACGUGAUGUUGGUCUUCACGGCGGUCGGCUCGGGCUAUGACCAGGUGAACUUCCAAGCGGCGAUGACCUUAGAGGAGCCGUCGCUGGACUCGGAAGCCACACAGACCACGACCUUUUCUAUCGGUUUUGAGAGCACCGGCACCAUGAGCACCGGCAGCACGAGCACCACGAGCACCGGCAGCACGAGCACCGGCAGCACCACGAGCACCGGCAGCACCACGACAGUGGAGAAUGACACUGCACGUCCUCAUAUUUUUGGAGCCACUUGGCUUGUCUUUUGGUUGGUUUGUGGCAUUCCGACCCUUUUGUGA